AUGCCGUACGUUGCUUCUCAAUUUGGACACGAUCACAAUGCAUUAGUAAUAUUCAUCAACACUAUGUCAACACUACCAUACGUCAUUUGCAUGAGCUUGAUAUCGUCGAAAUUGGUUGCGUCUUUAGAAGGCCACCCGCGGAACUUUCCACCAUCGCCAAUCGGGCGUAGCUCUGAACACUUUCCCUUCUUCCCUCCUUCCCUUUCCGUUUUCCUCACAACGGCGUCCUUCGCAAGUGCUCGUCCUCUAACGGAGGCUGAACCACAUUCCCAUCGCUAUCUCUCACGUGGAACACAUUCCAGUCAAACCAACCCCGUGGAGGUGACUCCGGCUUUUCGAGCAAGGCGGCGACAGUGCGUCCCCCUCUCGGGCCCGUCGUCGCUCCCUGCUAUCCUCCGACCUCCCGCUGUCCGCCUCGCCAACCCUGUCAACCACGUACCUCGAAUCACCCCAAUCGCUAUCCCGCCUGCGAACGUCUCGGACGAGAAUCUUGCGUUCGCGCCCCAGUCUCCUCUCCUCAGCGUCCCCGAACAACGGCGCAGUCGCUUGACUUCGUCCCCCACAUCCCCAACCAGUCUCGUCGUUGAACGCAGUCAGGGGGAAACCGACAGUGAAUGCACAAGUAUCGGGUUACCCCCACGUCACAGACGCAGUCAACAUAUAUCACCUACCGAGAUGGCUGCGGCGUUCGCUGGCAGUGCGGCGCGGGAUGUCGAGAACCUGCGUCCACCAGAGGCUGUUCAUUUGACGCAAGAUGGAACUCGUCGCGAUGAUGGCCGGCCCCGCCAUAUGCAGUCCCAAACUUCCCUUCGAUCACAAUCCCAAAUCGCCUCCAUCCCCUCCAAUACAGGCCAGGCCCCUCCUGAGAUCGCCGAAGAGUUGGCCUGGGGCCCCGCCCAUCCUUGCUAUCCUCAUUUCAACCCUCAUGUCCCCAUUGGCUCCCAAGAAUACCUCACAACGCGCGUUAUUCGCGUUCGGCGCGACUGGAUGAUCAAGGGCGAUCUGGCUCCAACUUUCUCCAACCUUUACCCCGAGAUAUUGGACCCGUUACUAUCAGAGCAGGAGUUCCGCAAGGUCAUUGCUGCGGUCAACGACGGCGUGGUCAAGGCAUUCGACCCGUAUAGCCUAAGGAACUGGUUCGAUGGGGCAAUCGGUCUCCUAACCGGCUGGGUCUGGGAUGACUUGAACGCGCCUAGCAUAAAGCGGCAAUUACAACACGUCGAAGACUGGUUGGAAAAAUGGAACCGUGAAGUGGGUUCCAAGGAUGGCGUUCACAUAUGGAGUCUACGACGGACGGCGUAUAUGUCCAUCGACAUCCAGAUCCCUGACCCCAAGGUCGGCAUUGUGCCCAGUGAGGGCGGUCCCUCCUUACCAAAUACCAGGCCCAGCACCGGCAUGGGCAACUAA